AUGGCCGACCCCCAGUGGCCCGCCGCCCUCGUGCGCAAGACCUUUUUCGACUUCUUUGAGCAGCGGGGUCACACGAUAGUCCCCUCGGGCUCCGUCGUCCCUCACAAUGACCCCUCCCUGCUCUUCACCAAUGCCGGCAUGAACCAGUUCAAGCCCAUCUUCCUCGGAACCAUUGGCAAGACGGACCCCAUGGCCGGCCUGAAGCGUGCCGCCGACUCCCAAAAGGUCAUCCGCGCCGGCGGCAAGCACAACGACCUCGACGACGUCGGCAAGGACAGCUACCACCACACCUUUUUCGAGAUGUUGGGCAACUGGUCCUUUGGCGACUACUUCAAAAAGGAGGCCAUCGCCAUGGCCUGGGAGCUCCUCACAAAAGUCUACGGCCUCGACCCGGCCCGCCUCUACGUCACAUACUUUGAGGGCAACCCGGCCCUGGGCCUGGACCCUGAUCUCGAGGCCAAGGAGCUGUGGAAGGCUAUCGGCGUUCCGGAGGAGCAGAUCAUCCCGGGAAACAUGAAGGACAACUUCUGGGAAAUGGGCGACCAAGGCCCCUGCGGCCCCUGCAGCGAGGUGCAUUACGACAAGAUCGGCGGCCGCAACGCUGCGCACAUUGUCAACGAGGACGACCCCAUGGUGGUCGAGAUCUGGAACAUCGUCUUCAUCCAGUACGACCGCCAAAAGGACAAGAGCCUCAAGUCCCUUCCCGCAAAGCACAUCGACACGGGCAUGGGCUACGAGCGGCUGGUCUCUGCGCUGCAAAAUACAGACUCCAAUUACGCCACCGACUGCUUCACGCCCCUGUUCCAGAAGAUCCAGGACGUCACCGGCGUCAGGCCCUAUACCGACAAGUACGGCAAGGAUGACGCCGACGGCAUCGACACGGCCUACCGCGUCAUCGCCGACCACAUCCGCACCCUUUCCUUUGCCAUCUCGGACGGUGCGGUGCCCAACAACGACGGCCGCGGCUACGUCAUCCGACGAAUCCUGCGACGAGGAGUCCGCUACGCCCGCAAGUACCUCGGCGCCGAAAUCGGGUCCUUCUUCUCCAAGAUCCUGCCGGCGUUGGUCGAGCACAUGGGCGAGCAGUUCCCCGAACUGGCCAAGAAGCAGCAAGACAUCAAGGAAAUCCUGGAUGAGGAAGAGGAGGCGUUUGCGCGAACCCUGGACCGCGGCGAGGCGCAGUUUGAGCGGUACGCGGCCAAGGCGGUCAAAGACAACGCCAAGAAACUGGACGGGGACAUUGUGUGGCGGCUCUACGACACCUUUGGAUUUCCCGUCGAUCUGACCAGGCUAAUGGCGGAAGAGCGCGCUCUCGACAUCGACGAGGACGAGGUCAACGCCGCCAAGGAGAAGGCGCGAGAGGCGAGCAAGGCGGUCAAGGACUCGGUCGACACGUUUGCCAAGCUCGACGUGCAUCAGAUUUCCGAGCUGGAACAGAAACGAAGCAUCCCCCGGACCCAAGACGACGACAAGUUUGUCAAGGGAGACAGCAAGGGCAAGGUGCAGCUUGUUUUCGAUGGCAAGACGUUUCACAGCUCGACAAAGGACCUCCCGCCCAACACUGCCAUCGGCAUCUUGGUGGACAGGACAAACUUUUACGCAGAGUCUGGUGGUCAGGUUGCCGACACGGGCCGCAUAGUCAUCGACGACGUGGCCGAGUUCAAGGUCAUGGACGUCCAGAACUACGGCGGCUACAUUCUGCACAGCGGCUACAUCGAGUACGGUGCCCUGUCGUCCGGCGACGAGGUCAUCUGCGAGUAUGACGAGCUCCGACGGUCGCCUAUCCGCAACAACCACAGUGGCACCCACGUCCUGAACCACGCCCUGAGGGAAGUGCUGGGAGACGACGUCAACCAAAAGGGCUCUCUGGUGGACAACGAGAAGCUGCGCUUUGACUUUUCACACAAGUCGCAGGUCAAGAUUGACGAGCUUCGCAAGAUCGAGGACAUGUCCAAUGCCUACAUCCGCCGGGAAGCCAAGAUCUACUCCAAGGACGUCGAUCUGGAUCUCGCGCGCGAGAUUGAGGGCGUGCGCGCCGUUUUUGGAGAGACGUAUCCCAACCCCGUGCGAGUCGUGUCUGUCGGCAUGGACAUUGAUACCAUGCUCAAGGACCCCAAGAAGCAGGAGUGGCGCCAGUACAGUGUCGAGUUUUGCGGUGGCACGCACGUCGACAACACGUGCCUGAUCAAGGAUCUCAUCAUUGUCGAGGAGAGCGGCAUCGCCAAAGGUAUCCGCCGCAUCAUCGCGUAUACAGGCGCCGCGGCGCACCAGGUCCAGCGCGAGGCGGUUGAGUUCUUUAAGAAGCUCGACGCGCUCGACGCGCUGCCCUUUGGCGCCGAAAAGGAGGCGCAGGUCAAGGCGCUGUCGCAGGAAAUCAGCCAGCUGGUCAUCUCGACGCUCACCAAGGACGAGUUCAACCAGCGGUUCCAGAGGAUUGCGACGGGAGUCGUGGCCGAGCAGAAGAAGCGCCAAAAGGCCGAGGCCAAGGCCGCGCUCGACACCGUGCUCAAGCACUUUGAGCAGAACAAGGACUCCAAGUGGUUCGUGGGCCGGCUCCCCAUUGGCGGCAACGCCAAGGCCCUCACCGAGGUGAUUAAGCACUUCCAAAGCAAGGACAAGGAGAAGACGCUGUACAUGUUUGGCGGAAGCAAAGACGAGGGCGCGCUCGUGCACGGCGUCUAUGUCGGAACGCACCUCUCCUCCAAGGGCGUCACCGCCGAGCAAUGGGCGGCGUCGGUGUCGGAGGUGGUCGGCGGUCGCUCGGGCGGCAAGGAGCCCUCGCGGCAGGGCCAGGGGACCCAGCCCGAGAAGAUUGACGAGGGCGUCGAGACGGCGACCAAGUGGCUCCAGGAGAAGCUGAAGCUGUGA